CGCUAGGAUAGUUAUGAGUCCUGUCUCCUUCUUUUUCGCUAGCCUUGUAUUUUUGGUUGCUUAUUCACAUGCCGGUAUGGGCCCAAUGGGUCCAAUGGGUCCAGGUCCAAUGGGUUCUGGUCCAAUGGGCCCAGGUUCAAUGGUUCCAGCGAAGGGUUUUAUAAAAGGAGCACCCUACCCUGGCCCUCUCUUCGGUGGACCAGUCUCCUAUCCUGUCGGUCCGAUUGCAUACGAUCCUCUCCCUUAUGGUUUUUCUUACGCUCCGUAUUAUGAACGAGGAGUUGCUGCAGUUCGUAAUGUCGCGCAAGACUACCAUAGGGAGGACGCUCAUCACGCCGAAACUAGUAUGGUUGUACCUACUCCUUAUGGCGGAUACUUGUGAACGGCUUGAAAAUGUUCAAUCACUGGGCAUAAGCCACAUUAUGCUGAAU